UCGACCGACAACGCCCACUAUCGUGUGAAGCCCGUCUUUGGGUUUGUUGAAGCUGGCGGUGCAGGCCAACUUGAAGUGACUCGACUGGUAAGCUAGCCCCGCUUCCCCUAAAAAUGCCUCCAAAAAUUUUUUUUAUUUUCCCUUUCCAGGCUGGUCCACCGAGCAACGACGAUCGACUGGAAAUCCUCUUCUUGCCUGUUGAUGCUGACACUCCUGACCCAAAGGCACCAUUCUCUGCGGGAACUUCACCUGCCUUCGUUCUUGAUGUGCCCUUGAUUGCUCAGUAGUAAAGCGGCGACAACAACACAACAUGAAGGAAGAAGAAGGGAAAGGAUUAGUUAGUUAGUCUCUCUCUCUAAAAACGUUGAUUCUUCUGUAUAUAUAAUCCAUAUAUUUGUUUGUGUAUAUUUGUUGGCCAUAUAAUCAACCCAAAUUCAUAUUGUAUAUAUUCUUUUGUUGUUGAUAUUUUUUCCCUCAAAAACCUUCUAAUUGUUGUAUAUAUGUGUGUAGAUAAAUGUUGAUUUUUGUAGUUAAGAGUUUGUUCAUAAAGGUAAGAUGUUAGGCCAAAGACUUGGAAAAA